AUGCCCUCCCUGACCUCCCACCUCCUCCACCUCGACGAAGCAGCCCUCACCCGCGCCACAACGCACCCCUUCCUCUCCGCCGCCGCAACUUCCACCCUGCCCACCGCCAAACUCCAGCACUGGCUCGCCCAAGACCGCCUCUACGCCCUCUCCUACACCAACUUCAUCGGCGCGCUGCUCGCCCAGAUCUCCAUCCCGACGGGCCCAGCGCGCGAGCGCAGCGUCGAAUGGCGCGUCUGCGACGUCCUCAUCGACGCGCUGGUCAACAUCCGGCGCGAGCUGGGGUUGUUCGAAGCGACGGCGCGGGAGGAAGGGUGGUCGGCGCAGAUUUGCGGGGAUGCGUUGCAGGUGGAGCGGCCGACAAGGUGUUAUCGCGAUCUCUUCGCCGGGAGCGUCGCGCAGGGGAAGCCGGUUAUCGUGGGCUUGGUGGUGUUGUGGGCUACGGAGGAGUGUUACCUGAGGAGUUGGAAGUUUGCUGCUUCGCGGAUUCCCAAAGAGGGAGGGGAAGGGGCAAGGAGCGGGACUGCUGGUGUGAUGCAGAGGGUCUUCAUUCCCAACUGGAGCAGUCGGGAAUUCGAGGCUUUUGUGCGGAAAUUGCGGGGUCUGGUGAAUCGGAUGGGGAAUCUAUGGGGUGUGGAAGAGGGGGAUUGGGUCUGGAGGGAGUGUGAGAUGGCUUGGAGGCAGGUUCUGUGGUGUGAGGAGGAGUUUUGGCCCGAGGUUUGA